UCCAGAGCCAUUACUGCACUCCACUUUACCUCCUCCAGCAACAGAACUCCCAGCCCGAAACUCCACACCGGCCCAAAGGCAGCUUUUCGCUACUGGUAAGUAAGCACCGUCUUACAUACGUUUGUCUCUGUGUAUUGUUCAUAGUAAUAGUUUUAACAUUUGUGCUCCAGGCACCGUUCCCACUGCUGAAGAUGAUGAUGAGGAGCUGGUGUUUGCUGCAUCACAAUGUGAAGCACAGCUAAACACAGGUGUGGCAUAUGACACAAAUGCACAUAUAAUAAAAAUGUUUUGUGAAAACGCACUGAGAAGCAUUAAUUUUGAAAAAGAAAAUCAAUACUUUUUGAAAUAUUUUUUGUUUACAAUACAGAAUUAUGUCACAUCAAGCCUCAAGCGAGAUGCAUUCUUUGAUUGCACUUUUCAAAACGUUAAGGAUGUCCACGUCAGUCCUGUCUUCCUGUGUCUUGUGUUUCCCCUCCUCUCAUGCCCAUAUUUGGUUUGUUCCUGUUCCUGUCCUCGUUUAGUGUCAUUAUGAGUUCAUUAGUCUCUAUCUGUGUUUGAUUGCUCCCCACCUGUUUCAGUUCUCCUCGUUUCAUUUACUUCUGUUUAUAAGCCCUGUGUUUCCUUAUCUUCAUGUCGGCUGUUAAACGUCAUUCCUGUGUUCCUGUGACUCCUACGCGUGUUGAUCAUUAAAGACUGUUGUUUGAAGUAUUCCUCGUCUCCCUGGCUCCUACGACACGUGACAGUCCAAAGGUGUCAGUGUAUUUAUCUGCAUUUCCGAACUUACCCGUUGUUAAACAAUCACCAGAUAACUUUUUCACACCGCUUGCUCUACUCACACUUUAGCUCCCCCUUAGCAGACAGGAUGGUGGAGAUUAUUUGUUCUAAUGAUUAGAGGGACAGCUUUUCCAUACUGUAUUUGUGUGCAUGCUUCAUAUCUGUGGGCAUCAUUACUUUAUACUGAAUUCAUCAAACCUCAUUUUCCUUACUCCAUUCCAUCUGAUCCUCAAAGUGUACACUGUGUUCUUUGCUUCUUAACAUUAGUACCAUUUUCUUCACUAAUUAUUAAUACUUGUCCAAAAUUACUACUUUGCAGGCUGUUUGUGGGCUGCAUUUCUGGCAUAUUACUAUCAAAUGCAACAGUCAUCAUUAUAUUGUUUUUGUUACUGUUCACUCAGAGGCCUGUGCCGGUCCGUCUCCAUCAGCGGAAGCAGCCAAAACACCAGAUCCUCCACAUCAUCAGCCACCAGCUGAGCUUCCAAGUCACUGGAAAGAUCAUCUUCCACCUUUCCAGCAUGAGUGGAUCCGGAACGCAUUAUUUAAGGCCAACCUGUGAACCGGCAAGCCAGAACUAGUGUCCCAGCUGAAGCUUUGGUGGUAUCCUCCUCAGCCCCCUUUAAUUCACACUCAGCCGCCCUCCUCACCCGACCUCUUCUUCUGUCGGCCCCUAUUCUUAUGGAUGCCUCUGAAGAUGUGGUUGUUUCCUCUUGCCUGUGUUCGCCCAGACUGUGGUAAGCACAGACUUACUGCAGCGGGACUUUACCGUACCGUGCGCAAGGUCUUGGACAUCGACGGGUGGUAUGACCUUGCCACUGAGUAUCUGGAGUGCAAACGCUGCAAGAAGUAGUAUCCCGCCUGGUCCGAGGACAUCAUGAGACAGCUGGAUAUGGGCCACCGCAGUCAGUUUCCAGCUUUGCUGACAUACAGAUACUCAUGUGACAACCGGGUGCUGAGGAUGAUGAGGGAGAGGACACUGGGCAACAGUGUGACUCAGCUUUACAAGAAGCUGAUGGAACAGCACAGUGAGGCAUGGACACAGCGUGUCCUGCAGUACCUGACAAGGUCCUCCCUUGUGCAGCCUCCUGUGUUUGCUGAGCCUCCCCUUUUACCUGCCCUACCUAAACCUAAGUGGCUGUUAGCUGUGUAUGCCAGGGAUGUUCUGGGGCGACUGCACGAGGUCAAGGCCAAAAUUACAUCUGUCUUUGGCUGUGUUCUCAAGAUGGACUCCACAAAAAAGGUCACAAAGAAACUUGCCGGUGCUGCUUCAGGAACAGCUGCCUGGUGCACAAAUGUGGGAAACGAACACGGCCAAGUCCUUGUCUCUGUGCUGACAGCCGCCGAGGGACAUGGACUGGACCCCAUGGCAGCUGGCCUGAUGAAACGCUACCGGGAGGCAGGAGAGGAAGCCCCAAAAGUGAUGUACGUGGACAGAGAUUGCUGCAGUCAGCACAGCCAGUCUCGGGUGAAGACCAUGUUUUCGGAGUGGGAUGAGCUCGUAGUGCGCCUCGACAUCUGGCACUUCAUGCGGCGAUUUGCUGCAGGUGUCACGACAGAGGCUCAUCCGCUCUAUGGGAUCUUCAUGGCACGUCUGUCCAUGUGCAUCUUUCAGUGGGAUCCAGAAGAUGUGGCUGCCCUUCGCCGUGCAAAGGAGGGUGAGCUGGCGGCAAAGAAGACUGGCCACAUCUCAGGAAGGGCGGUCAGUGCUCGCAUUACCCGGAGGGAGUUGGCACUGCACUACCGGAGGAGGACCAGGGGGCUGGAGGAGACCACCAAAACAAUUGGAUCACUGAUCGAUCAGUUUGACAGUGCAGACGGAAAGGACACUCUGGGAGUUCCUCUGCUGGACCACGAACGGAUCCAGCAGAUAUGGAAGGAACAGCGGAAGCACGUUCAGUGUAUCCAAGACCCAGAGAACUUUCCGCUCUACAUGAAGACGGGGACACUGAAGAAAGGCGGUGUGGAGCUGUGCUGCUACAGGUGUGCCCGUGGCUCUACCUCCUUGGAGUCAUUCCACCUCCACCUCAACCGUUUCAUUCCAGGAACCAGUGCCAGUGAUGCGCAUUUUCAGGCCUAUCUCCUUGAGGGCUUGAUGCGUUGGAAUGAUGACCGGAUGGAAGAUGCCAUAAAAGGAGCGUCCUCAAUCCGGUCAUUUGGCAGUGCCAUGAGAGAGGCUGUGGACCAGCUUAGCCGAACAGUCUUUGGGAAGCCCUGGGAUGAGCGCUAUCGCCCUCCUGGAGCAUAUACAGGCAAGAAGUUCAUUCAUUUGUUCUUUUGUAAUAUUCUUCUAAAUUGUCUUUUUAGCCUUUAACCCGUUUUUUUCAAGACAUAAAAAUAUGUACAUAAAAAUAUAAACACUUCCUUUUUUUACCAUUUUAUUCUUGUAGGUGAAUUGCUGGGAAUAGAGUACCUUUACAGUCAGACUGGCAAAACACUGACUCCAGUGCUCCAGAACCCAGAGGAGGAAGACAGGCUGGUGGAGGAGGUUGAUGACCAGGACCUGCAAGAUGAGGGGUUUGAGGAAGAGAUCAUGGAGGACAUCACAGUUCCAGUGCUGGAUGAGGAUGAAAACCGCCCCUCGUCUUUGCCUCUGCCUCAGUCCCCAGCAUCACUGGCUGAGCCGUCCACAUCAUCUGGUGGAGAAGGACAGCAUCUUGCCCCUUCAGUGCUGUCACAGCCACCCGACACUGAAAGCAGUCUCUCCGACGAGGCUCGGGUAAGACACUCUAAGGGCUUUAUUUAAUUUCUGUCUCAUUUUAUUCCACAUACACUACCAGUGAAAAGUUUUUGGUCGACAAUGUUUUUUAAAGAAUUCUCUUCUGCUCACCAAGACUGCAUUUCUUUGAUCCGAAAUACAGCAAAAGUCACACGAUUCUUCAGAAAUCAUUCUAAUAUUCUGAUUUGCUGCUCAAAAAACAUUUAUUAUUAUUAGGUUAAAAAUAGCAGAGUCAAGUCAAGUCACCUUUAUUUAUAUAGCACUUUUACAAUACAGAUUGUGUCAAAGCACUUAACAGUAUCAAAUUGGAGGAUAGAGAGUCAGUAAUGUAUAAUGAUAAGAUUAAACACUCAAUUUUCAGUUAAAGGCAGAGUGUAUUUUUAAUUUUUUUUAGGUUUCAUUGAUGAAUAGAAAGUUCAAAAGAACAGCAUUUAUCUGAAAUAGAAAUAUUUUGUGACAUUAUAAAUGUCUUUAUCUCUUUUGAUCAAUUUAAUGCAUCCAUGCUAAAUAAAAGUAUUAAUUUCUAUAAUUUCAUAAUUUAUUUUAAUAUGAUUUAAAUAUACUGACUCCAAGCUUUUAAAUUUUAUAGUGUGUAAUGUUACAAAAGCUUUUUAUUUCAGAUAAAUGCUGAUCUUGGAUCUUUCUAUUAAUCAAAGAAUCUUGAAAAAAAUGUACACUGUGUACAUGUAAACUGUUUUAAGUAUUGAUAAUGAUAAUAAUAAAAUGUUUCUUGAGCAGCAAAUCAGCAUAUUAGAAUGAUUUCUGAAGAUCAUGUGACGCUGAAGACUGGAGUAAUGAUGCUGAAAAUACAGCUGCGCAUCACAGAAAUAAAUGUUAAAAUAGAAAGCAGUUAUUUUAAAUAGUAAAAAUAUUGCACAAUAUUACUGCUUUUGCUGUAUUUUGGAUCAAGAUUGAGCAGAAGAGACUUAUUUAAAAAGCAUAAAAAAAACUUACUAUCCAAAAACUUUUGACUGGUAGUGUAUAUUAACAUUAAUCUGCAUUUACUAGGGAGGAGUCAUUGGACCCGAUGACAUUGCUGGGUGGGACAAGGUCCAGGAUCUGGCUGGUUACCUGGUGGGUCUUCGUGAGGCUCCUUACCUCACUGACCUGCAGGUGACAGAGGCCAUCCAGCUGUGGACAGCUCUCCCUGAUACUGACAAACAGCGGGUCAACUAUCAGCCUCAGCUCACACAUGGGCGCUUUAAAGCACCGAAGCGGUCCGGAGUCACACCGGGUGUGGAGAGUGUGAAACGAUGUCUUAUUGGACAUCCUGGGGGUCCAGCACAGUGGCCCAGCACCAGCCGCUUGGUCGAGGCCAUUUGUAUCAAGCUUUGUGCUUUACACAAGUCACCGACCAAGAAGGCUGGAGUUUGCACCCCCAGGUGGUCUAAAAUCCUCUCGGAUUACCACCACAUCCGAGAGCUGGUGCUUAACAGUCGCAGGCUGAUGGAUGAAACAAUGAUCCAGCUGUUUGAGCUAAACCAGAAGACACUCAUUCAGUGGUAAGCAAGGCACAAUAUUUGCUUCAAAUUAACUGAAUACGUCUAAACAUAAAUAUAAUACAAGUCAUUUAUUUUCAGGUUUCAGCGGCGGCAGAAGAAUCAGGAAAUGAGUGUCCUCGCUCAGGGACUGACUCCACCUGACCCAAUUGCUGUAGCUGAUACACAGCUUCCUCCACCAAGGCAAAAAUUGGAUGAAGCGCCAUCGACAUCAGGCCCAAAACAUCCAUUUAUCCUUCCGCCAAAUCGAGAAGGACAGGCUCCAAUUCUGCGACCAGGUCGACGGCCCGCUGCUGCCGCCACGGAGUGCCCCAUCGCACCUGCCCCCACAGCAUCAGGAGUUGUGCAGCCCAUUUCAGCACCUGGGUCAUUGUUAGGCACACUAGUCCUUAACCCGGACAUGACUGUGUCAAUGGUGAUUCCCAGCGCCAGAAAAAUAAAGGCCAAACUCAGUGAUAUUACGCAGCGCCUGAAAGUAGUCCCCAGCUAUAUUAUAACUAGUUACCUAGCUGGGGACUACUUUCA